AUGGACGCAGUAAAUCGCAAAUUAUUAUCUGAUAAGUUUGGAGUGUUUCUCGAUGACGAAUCUUUGCUCGAUCAACUCGUCGACCUCUGCCGAAACUACAACCUGUCUGGAGAGGACAUCUUCUACAAAUGGGAAGCGAAGUAUUUGAGCCUUGGGCAUUCAUCCAUAAGACCGCGUGUGACUGCAGAGGCGGUAGAUGCCCUCAAGAGCCAGCUCCAGGACGAUGCGAAGAAGGCGAAGAAGCACGCACAAGCCGUCGCUGCUGGUCGCGCAAAUCUCAAUGCCAAGAUGUCUAUGAAUUUAUUUGGACGUGUCGCAGUCAAGAGUGAGCCAAAAGAGCAGAAGCUUUUCCCCAGCUCGAGCUCGUUGGGAGUACCGGAGGCGAAGUGGAUGGCGGCGGGACCCAGCAAGGUCACUGUGUCGUGUCCGAAUCUGCAGAACAUACCGCCGAUGGGACAACGCUAUCGCUACAUGUACCAGAAGAUCUCGGAACGCGGCGAGGCUCUAGACGACCAGAUAGAAGAGACUGCGGAGCUUGUCCAAUCGUUCUACAAUAUUGAGGAGUUCGGGGACCCUGCUAAGAGUACAGAGGAAGAAACCACCAUCGUAGGCCGCAUCGUCUUCGACGCCGACUCAACCUCCGCAAGCGCCGUGAAGUUGAACGAAGCUACCCUCACCCUCGAGGCUUCUCGAUCCAUGGGCUCAGGUGUACGCGUGUCCCUGAGGCUCGACCCGAAUGUUAGGCUGAAGGGCGCGAAGAAGGGCAUUGGAGGUGUUGGGUUCUUCCCUGGAGCGAUAGUAGCACUUCGUGGAAGUAACGGUGGAGGUGGAUGGUUUACGGUUACGGAGGUACUACCUCUCCCUUCACUACCCGCACCGACAGCUCUCGGAAGCAAUGGUUCCUUUUCUGUUUCUGUCGCUUGCGGACCGUUUACGGCUGAUGCGGACUUGAGCUAUGAGCCGUGGAAACUGCUGCUGGCAAAAUGGAAGACAGAGAAGCCUGAAAUCAUCAUCAUUGUCGGACCAUUUAUCGACUGCAUGCAUGCAUUAUGGAAGAACGGUGAGGUAGACGAGCCGCCAAUAGCGCAAUUUCGCUCGAUGAUCCUGGAGCCACUUCAGCAGCUCUUGGACUCAUUGCCCGGCACGUCGGUCGUAGUUGUGCCUAGUGUACGCGAUCUGAUAAGCGACUACGCGGUGUUUCCGCAAGCUGAACUUGCAUCAAGUGUCUUUGAUGACCCCAGAAUAUACUCAAUUCCUAAUCCAAGCCAAUUAUCCCUCAAUGGUGUUUCCUUCGCUGUCUCAAGCGUCGACGUACUCUUUCAUCUUCGCAAGGAAGAGUUCUUCAAGCCCAUGUCAGAAAUCAGCUCGGCGCCACUUGCUGAGAACGAAACCCCUGCGAGUGACGCUAUGGCGAAGCUUUGCAGGCACGUCCUUCAGCAAAGAAGCUUCUACCCAAUAUUCCCGCCGCCACUCGACCUCGUAAAUGAAGUAAAUCUUGAUGUCACACAUUCGGGCAAGUUAAAACUAGCGGAAGAUACCGCCCCGUUGGUGCUUAUUUUGCCAAGCAAGCUCAAGCAGUUCCAUAAGACCGUCGACGAAACCGUGGCAGUCAAUCCCUCGUUUGCAACGAAGGGGACGUACGCCAACAUCAAAAUCCUUAGUGGGAAGCCUGUGCAGGUGGAUAUUUGCAAACUCUCGGAGUGA